UAGUCAGUAGGUAGUAGAUGCAGGGAUGGGGGGGUGGGAUGAGUAUAAAAGCUUUGCUGUGAAGAAUUAGGACAUAUUCUUCAGGAGAAAACACAGAGAUAUUUCCCAAUUCUUCUAACUCCAUACUUAUCUUUUACGCUUAGAUUAAGCGCCCCAGGAUGAGGAGCCUUCUUCAGUUUCUGGCACUCUUCGCAGCAGUCUCUGUCUGUGUUUGCUAUGAUUCUCAUGAAAGCUCAGAAUCCUUUGAAGAGUUGUUUGUGCCUCGAACUCGAGCCAACUCAUUCAUCCCGCCACAGAGGGGCAACGUAUACAGCCCAUCCAGAGGGAACCCAUCCACGCAAUACAACUUCAUGAGGAAAAGAAAGUCUCCAGCUGAGAGACGUGCAGAGACCUGUGAGGACUACUUUCCCUGCCGCUUCUACGCCAAUCGCUACGGUGUCCAGCAAGCCUACCAGAGAUACUUUGGAGCUCAAAAUCAACCCCAACAGCCCCCAAGAGCAGUUGGGACUCGCCGCAUCUAAAGUGAAACAUAAACAGAAAAUCAUCCUUUUCAUCUGAUCCAUUUACUCCAUGUUUUUAUCAUGUUUCAUAUCAUAUAUGUUGUGGUAUUUGGUGUCACUUUCGGCUUUGGGAUGCAAGCUAAAAAAUUGCAGAGGCAUUAAGGGGGGGGCUCAACAACCCAUCAUUAUACUCAUGUAGAAAUCUACAGUUCAUCUCUAUGGAUUUCUUUUAUCUACAAUUAUCACACCUUCCCACCAUUUAUGAGCUUUACGGGAUGUGUUUGAAUUAACUGUUUUUCUCACUGUGCAUUAACUCGUCUAUGUUAUCCAAUACUUAUCCAAGCUCUGCUGUCAGUGAUGAUUUCCAUUGUAUUAAAAAAAUGUAAAUAAAAUUCCUUUCCAUGGG